AUGUGUAGCAAGGACGGUUCUACGAACAGUAACGUUACAACGCCAAAGAAACGGGGCAGACCUGCUAUUCUAAAACAGUACUCUGACCCUAUGAAGUCCCCAAUGGCUCAAACAUCGUUACAGAUGCAAAAAUCUCAACAAUCUUUCAAUAAGCCAUUGAUGCGUAUCGGUCAUUCUCCGACUAAGUUCAAGACUCCUCAAAGGAAAAGAAGAGGUAGCGGUACAGAUAUCUCUCCACCACAUUCUGCUACUGGCUCUACAAAAAAAGGGAGAUAUAGAGGUGUUGUGAUGAAUUCUCCUUCUUCGGCUGGUUCGAAAUCUAUCAGACCAAAAUCUAAGAGGGAUGACGAAUUUUCACUUUCGAAAACUGAUGAUGAGGAUGCAGAUUUGGAUGAUCCAAGUAAUUAUGAUGGUCAUGACACUAGAUCUCUUAACCAUCCCCCUAGUUCUGCUCCAGGAACUCCUUUAGAUCAGGUGUUUUCAUCAAUUUCUAGGCAUCAUAAUGUUAGAAGUUCGCCUCCUGUUAUGUUUAAUUCCGACUCACCAAUUCAAGCGAAACGUAAAUUAGCUGUUGACAUGAACGAAACCUCUCAUUGGAAUGAGGACAGUACUGUGAGUGAGAAGAGAUGGAAAUUUAUGUUGAACGUUGGCAAAAAUGGUAAAGCUUGCAUUGAAACGAACUCCUUGAAAACUACAGACACCAUAGAAUCAGAUUCCCAAGCUGAAAAGAGUCUUCAACCCCCAAAACAUUUGUUGGAAACCCCAGUUAAAGUGGCUGAUGUUGACGAAAACGGUGUGGCUAGAUUCGACAAGAAAAGAGUUAUGGGUUUCUUGAGACAGAUGAAAUCGAAAAAUAAGACAUUGGAUGACAAACCACUCCCUGAACAAACAAAAAGGUUUACUAUCCCUUCGUCACCAGCGGGUCCUCCAAAUUCAACGGGUACAAUUGCUGAACCAUUGACGCCGAAAUGCUCUCAAUUGAUGCAAUUUAGAACUGGUUUCACUCCGAAUUUUAACAUUGACGAGUUACUUGUGAGUCCGAAACUUCAAGAAUCAUUGAAUAAAAACCUUUUCAAAUCUCCUAACCAAUACGUAUUUAAAGUACUGUCUGGAGAUCCCCUGUUGAUCAACGAUCAUCAGGAGACAGAUAUUAUGAAUCCUCCUCAUAGCCAAGAAGUGUCAGAUAUAUUAUCAUUUCUAAAUUCUCCAAAACGAGGAACCAAUUUGAGUACCCCACCAUCUCAUUUGGUCAAUUUCAGCUCACCAAGAGCGAAUAGCAGAACAUUCGCAUCCAAUUUGAACAAUGUAAAGCUGCAAUUGCCUGCACUCAGCACCCCCAAAACUGAUUCACAUCAAAGUCAACAAUUGCAGCAUACAUUGCUUCCUUCAACUCCUUUAUUGAAAUUAGCUACUACUGGAACGCCAUCACAAUUCACACCUAUAAUACAAAAACAAAUGAAUGAUGAAAGCAAAUUCCCAUUGACGCACUCUGUGCACCCCAUCAAUCUACGAAAAAGUCAAGUAAAGAAGUUGGAAUCCAAUGAUGAUGCCAGAAUGGCGUUGAAGAAAUUGAUCAACGGUAAUUAG